UCUUUUUUUUUUUACAAAAAUUUGCACCUCUUCUUCAUCGUCUCAUCUUCAUCUUCUUCUUCUUCUUCAUUAUUAACCCUAAAUCUAGCCGCAACUACCUCUCUCUCUUCUUCAUCUGUCUGUACUCUACACAGCUCAAAACUUUUUUUCUUCACAUUCAAAUCGUCACACAAGGAGCUAAUCGGAAACUUGAAGAGAGAGAGAGAGAGAGAGAGAGAGAUCUGAAAGUUUUUGUUCUGGAUCGAUCUUGUUCCACUCUCUUCAUCCUCCGAUCAUCGUUGUUUUCUUAACAAGUUCUAUCAAUAAAAAAAUCGAUCUUCGGGUAAUGUAAAGAGGUGACUGAAAGAAAAAAUUAUUUUACAUUUUGCAUGGAGUAAGAAUGCCAGAGUUAAGAAGUGGAGCAAGGAGAUCGAGACGCCUUGACGAGCAGCCUAACCCUCAGCUAGUUGAACAACCAGAAAUUAUCGUAUCUCCUCCUCCCACUGCGACAAGGAGAAGAGGUGGUGGUAGAGGAAGGGGGAAUGCUGCUUUAGCUAAAGGGGCGGCACCUCCAAGACCAACUGCUGCCGGUAGAGGCAGGGGUAUCAGGUUGACAGACUUAGACCCAGAACCUUGUGAGGUUCGUCCUGCUGCAGGUGCUUUAGGGGCCACUGAACCUGCCUUAAAUCGAGUCGAAGGGGUAGCUGAUAAGGAUCUUGCUGCAGAAGGCGGUAGCGCAGAGAAAAUAGUAGGACUGGAAGAAGAUUCCAGCAUGGGUCCAGUCCCUGAAAGGGUGCAAGUUAGGAAUUCUCCUGUUUCUAAGACCGAGAGGAAACUCGGUAAGGGUGGAUUUGGUCAAGUUUAUGUUGGCAGAAGGGUGAGUGGUGGCAGUGAUAGGAUUGGAGCAGAUGCAAUUGAGGUAGCUCUUAAACUUGAACAUCGAAAUAGUAAAGGCUGUAAUUUUGGCCCACCUUACGAGUGGCAAGUGUACAAUACGCUCAAUAGCUGUUAUGGAAUUCCUGCUGUACAUCAUAAGGGUCGUCAAGGAGAUUUUUACAUUCUGGUCAUGGACAUGCUUGGCCCUAGCCUCUGGGAUGUUUGGAAUUCCUUGGCUCAAUCGAUGUCUCCAAACAUGGUAGCGUGCAUUGCAGUGGAGGCGAUAUCUAUUCUUGAGAAACUGCAUAUGAAGGGGUUUGUGCAUGGAGAUGUGAAGCCAGAAAACUUUUUACUUGGUCAGCCUGGAACAGCAGACGAGAAGAAACUAUACCUUAUUGAUCUUGGUCUAGCAUCAAGAUGGAAAGAUUCACACUCUGGCCAGCAUGUUGAAUAUGAUCAAAGAGCAGAUGUAUUCAGGGGAACAAUAAGGUAUGCAAGUUGUCAUGCACAUCUUGGUCGCACCGGAAGUCGGAGAGAUGAUCUCGAGUCAUUGGCUUAUACAUUAAUAUUUCUGAUGCGGGGAAGGUUGCCGUGGCAAGGGUACCAGGGUGACAACAAGAGCUUUCUUGUUUGCAAGAAAAAGAUGUCAACGUCUCCUGAAUUGAUGUGCUGUUUUUGUCCACCCCCUUUUAAGCUGUUCCUCGAGGCAGUUACUAAUAUGAAGUUUGACGAGGAGCCCAACUAUGCCAAGCUUAUCUCAAUUUUUGAUACUCUAAUUGAGCCUUGUGCUAUAUCUAGACCAAUAAGAAUUGAUGGGGCUCUUAAGGUUGGUCAAAAGCGAGGAAGAUUGCUUAUCAAUUUGGAAGAGGAUGAACAGCCUAGGAAGAAAAUUAGAAUCGGCAGUCCUGCUACCCAGUGGAUUUCAGUUUAUAAUGCACGCCGUCCUAUGAAACAGAGAUAUCAUUACAACGUUGCAGACUCAAGACUGCACCAGCAUGUAGAGAAGGGUAACGAGGAUGGCCUUUUCAUAAGCUGUGUAGCAUCAGCAGCUAAUCUCUGGGCCAUCAUCAUGGAUGCUGGUACUGGGUUCAGUUCUCAAGUAUAUGAACUGUCCUCAGUCUUCCUGCACAAGGACUGGAUUAUGGAACAAUGGGAAAAGAACUACUAUAUCAGUUCAAUAGCUGGUGCAAAUAAUGGGAGCUCAUUGGUUGUUAUGGCAAAAGGAACGCCUUAUACCCAGCAAUCUUACAAAGUCAGCGACUCAUUUCCAUUCAAGUGGAUAAAUAAAAAGUGGAAAGAAGGUUUCCAUGUAACUUCGAUGACCACUGCUGGGAGUCGUUGGGGUGUAGUAAUGUCCAGGAACUCAGGCUACUCUGAACAGGUGGUGGAGCUUGACUUCUUGUACCCAAGUGAAGGAAUACAUCGAAGGUGGGAAAAUGGAUACAGGAUAACAUCAAUGGCUGCAACAGCUGACCAAGCAGCUCUUAUAUUGAGUAUACCUAAACGUAAAAUAACUGAUGAAACGCAAGAGACUCUCCGAACUUCUGCCUUCCCUAGUACCCAUGUCAAGGAGAAAUGGGCAAAAAAUCUGUACAUUGCAUCAAUAUGCUAUGGUCGGACAGUUUGCUGAUAAAAACAUGGAGUAUACUGUAUCAACCUCUCUCACUCUCGCUCUAGGUUUCAGGGAUGAUCUUCUCCAGAAGCCUAACAACGUGUAGCUUCGGUUUCAGUACAAUCUAAAGGUAAACCUUAACCAGGAGCCAACCAGUGUGACUGUAAUGAAAUGAAAUUUGUCUCUAUGUAUGUAGUAAGUACAAGAUAAAAGGGAAAAAAAAAAACAAAAAAAAAUGAGUAGAAGAAAAGCAUUUAUUAGUAGAAUUGAUGAAGAGCUGGAAAAAGAUUAUGCAGUUUCUGGCUUAUUGUUUUAUACCUGAUUUGAGUGUUACAGAAUCAGGAGGAAGCAACAUGUUUGUUAUAAUGAACAUACAUCUCUAAGAAGCCUUUCUCA